UUGCAUUUGAUUGUCCGCUCUUCAGAUCUUCUUGGUACCCAGACGCUAGGCUGUCUUGUCAGAUUGACUUGUAUGAGUGGUCCCCUUGCUGAGCCUUCAUCUGCCCAGCUUAUUGGCAAUGCGACUAACGCUAUUGCCACAAAUACAAUAGUCAGUUAUGGUAAUUCUCCCGUUGUUGGCUAUUUUGGCUGCAGGCAGACGACUUCACGAACAGAAUCCGGUCAAACUGUCGGUCCAGGAAAUGCCAGGCUCGGUAAUGGUGUGGGGCCCGAUACGCUUGAGCCAAGCCAAUCGGCUCGACUUCCAAUCUCAUCAAAUUUCACCGAAGGUUGCACUGUGAUGGAUGCUGCGAGCCACUUGGAUGCUCUUCCAGGUGGCGUUACUGGGAUUCUUUCCCGACUGAAUUGUAGCCUUCGUCUCCUCAUUCUUGUUGAAAAUCUUAAUUGUUGGAUUUGCGCACACAACCUUGUGAUGAGCCAAGUAUCUGACAGGUCUUCAUCAUUGUUAGUCAAGGCAAAGUUUUUCGAACCAUCUACGACUGCCAUUCAACAUGAACAGGCUAGUCUCCGUCAACUUACAUUGUUUUAUUUUCUAAUGAAUUAUUCAAGCCCAUAUUUUCCAUACCCUACACUUCACCUACAUACUUUCACUCUUAAGGAACUUGUGCAUCUGCUGUCGACUUGCCGAUCACGAGAAAAUUUUUCGACCUGCUCUACGAACGCGAAUGUCUCUCGUCUUUGUCAACAGUUAGCCUCACUUUCACAGGGCCUUCCGGCCAGUUUUUCUGGUGUCGGCAUCAGCAACUUGCAGCCAUACGAGCUUGUACUAUUAGCAGAGUUUAUGCUCAGCCUAAGCUUGCGUGCAAACCAGCUUUGGGAACCAGUGUGCAAAAUUCUUGCGCUAGCUGCCACUACAGCUGCUGUAACUACUACUUCCGGUGGUUUAUCUUCAUCCUCAUCAUCAUCAACUGCAGCCUCAGGUACUGCACUUGAGUCGCAUCGGGGCGUGGCUGAUGGUCAAUCAGCUAGUGGUGGUGGUGCUGCAUUAGGCCCUAGCUCUGAAGUUGAGGCUUCGGCAACUGUAGCUAUUCUUGAACUUUCACUUGUCAGUCUUGUUGUGAUGGAUCGUUUUCUCGCCAAUUUUCAGGCUCUCAUCAUCAGGUGUAUCGAAGUGGAGUCCGAUAGAGCCGCAAACUCAGAUGACACCGGCCAAGCCCGAGAAGCUAUGGAACGCCUGUUUGCUUGCUGGUCAGAAUUAGCCGAUUCUGUGCCGCCUUCCUCUUCCUGCUCUAAUUUGAAGAUAGAAACUCUGCACAACAUGAAGAGUGCAGAUCCAAAGAUAGAGUACAUCCGUCGUCUACUUAUAGGACUUCAUUCACGUGUAGAUGCCCUCCAGUUUCAGCUCUUUCAAGUCUAUCUGGCCUCUAAGCUAGCCAGGCCUGUUGGGUUCCGCGGAGCUGGCGGUGGCCGAGGUUUUCUUGGUCAGACUAUGGAAGGUUUGACGGUGACCGAGAUUUCUGCCUUGGAAGUCGGAGUAUUAGCUCACUUCGAUGCUGGCGAUGGGGCAGAAGAGGAUAGGUCUGAGAUAAAUCUUGACCUCGAUGAAGACGAUCUUGUCUCUUAUGAAGACAGCCUUUAUGUAUCUGGCAUUUGUGGGCUUACUCGCCCUGACUUGGCUGUCGACCUGCUUACCCAGCUGUUAUAUGAUCGCAGUUGUCGUCUUGCUGCAGCUGCGUCUAUGGUCUCCGCGAAAGUUCCCUUUGAUUCAGCUCCCUCUACACGACCUGACUUUCCUAUUCGUAUUCUUGAGGACUUGCACUGGCUGGUACUGAUCGCUGGUCACCUUCUAGUCAUUGGACCUGGCAGUCUAUCCGCCUUUGUACGCUUCACAUCUCCUUGGGCCGAAUCGGAUUUUUCAGUAAGCCAUUGGCUAUGA